AUGGGUACACACCAAGCCCAUUUCUUCUCCUACAGAGCAGUGGAUAACAACAACUGCUCGGCCAUGUUCCCGCUUCGCCCAACAACGACUGAUCCCCCGACCGUGUUGUCCUACCCCACCCAGGCUCUGCCUAAAGUUGUCAGCUUGGCUGCUUGUAACCGGUCUGAACUUUCCACACCUUUACCGCGGGAGAUGACAUUCAAUGAUGACAACAUGGUAUCCGUCAUAGCUUACAUAUGUUUAUUCAUAGUCGCUGCAUCCGGAAAUCUUAUCGUCUUUGUGACCCUGUUCCGAAGUCGGGGUUUCAAAUCGCGUGUUAACACCUUCAUCAUGCAUCUCUCUAUAGCCGAUCUGAUCGUCGCCUUCAUCAUGCUCCCCCUGGAGACAGUGUGGCACAUAACUGUUGCCUGGGAGGCUGGAGAUCUGGCCUGUAGAUUCAUGAUGUUCUGUAGGGCGUUUGGAUUCUACCUGUCGUCCUUCAUCCUCGUCACCAUCAGCCUCGACAGGUACUUCUCCAUCGUGCACCCUAUGAGCAUCCACGACGCUGACCGCCGGGGAAAAAUCAUGUUGGGUGUGGCAUGGACGCUCAGUGUCAUUGCAAGUAUGCCGCAGAGCGUCAUUUUUCACGUGGAGCCCCACCCGACCCACCCAUGGUUCACCCAGUGCGUCACCUUCAACUUCUUCCCCUCGCCAGUACACGAGCUGGCCUACAACCUGUUCAGCGUGGCCACCGUCUACGUCCUUCCACUCAUCGUCAUCACCACGUCAUAUAUCAUGAUUCUUUGUAAAAUAUCUAGAAAUGCACGCUCCAAAGGUAUCAUCGUCGACUCCAGACACAAACGGGGAGGGAUCCGAUGUUCGAACACGGGGAGAAUAGGCAAGGCCAAAAUACGGACCUUAAAGAUGACGUUAGUUAUAGUGAGCGUAUUUAUUCUUUGUUGGACACCAUAUUUCGUCAUGGCCGCCUACUGGUGGUUUGAUCGGGAAGCUGCAAAGAAGAUUGACCAGAAAGUUCAGAGAGGACUUUUCUUAUUUGCUGUGUCAAAUGCGUGUAUGGACCCGUUAGUGUAUGGAAUGUUUACGACAACAUUCCGGAGGGAGGCGAAACGCUGGAGCGACUGCUUCAAAUGGCGACUCGGUAUGAUUGGCCUGUCCUCCACCCAACAGCAAGAACAACCCAACAGACCCAGGGAUAACUAUGUGUGAGAUGUAUGGUCAGCGCAACAACCAGAGCGCCAAGGACCCAGGGAUAACCUGUGUUUUCACCAAAAGCUACUCAGAUCUCGACAAAACUAUAAGUUGUCAUUCUGUUUUCAUUCCUUUCAAGCAUAGUAACUAUAUACACCUCAACAGAAAGAGCUAUGCAGGCCUUGGUCGAGGUACAGCAUCUAUAUACACCUCAACAGAAAGAGCUACAUGGGCCUUGGUCGUGGAAUAUCAUCUAUCUGCACCUCUCAACAGAAAGCGCUACAUUGGCCUUGGUCGAGGUAUUGCAUCUAUAUACACCUCUCAGCAGAAGGAGCUACACAGGCCUUGGUCGAGAUAUAGCAUCUAUAUCUAUAUACACCUCUCAACAGGCCUUGGUCGAGGCAUAGUAACUAUGUCCACCUCAACAGAGAGAGCUACACGGGCCUUGGUCGAGGCAUAACAUCUAUGUACACCUCAACAGAAAGACCUACACGGGCCUUGGUCGAGGAAUAGCAUCUAUGUAAAUCUCAACAGAAAGAGCUACACGGGCCUUGGUCAAGGUAUAGCAUCUAUGUACACUCCAACAGAAAGACCUACACGGGCCUUGGUCGAGGAAUAGCAUCUAUGUAAAUCACAAAAGAAAGUGCUACACGGGCCUUGGUCAAGGUAUAGCAUCGAUGUACACAACAGAAAGACCUACACGGGCCUUGGUCGAGGAAUAACAUCUAUAUACACCUCAACAGAAAGAGCUGCACAGGCCUUGGUCGAGGAAUGUCAUCUAUGUACACCUCAACAGAAAGAGCUACACUGGCCUUGAUCAAGGUAUAGCAUCGAUGUACACAACAGAAAGAGCUACACGGGCCUUGGUUGAGGUAUAGCAUCUAUAUACACCUCAACAGUCGCGUCUUCAUUUGUGUAAUCGGCGAAUAAAGUGUAUGGUCAUUGUUCAUCCAGGUCUAUGUACUGCGUACCUGAUGAUGACACGGCCCCAUAUAUAAUUAUAAAACGGUGAAAGAAUUGGUUGUCUGGAGAUACGGAUGUGGAGUGCCCUGUGUGUCUCUUUAUGGGCUUUGAAUUAAACAUACUGUGUUUGAUUGUCAAAUAAAUGGUCU